AGAGCUCUUUAACGAAAGCAAUGCCACCGAAACGGAAACGAAAAGCGCGAGGGAAGAAGAAAGUACAAACUGCUAGUCCGCAAGAUGUAAAGAGAGAUACGUUCUUUCGCGAACUCAAGCUCAGCGUGUUAAACACAGACCGUUAUCGGUCUUCUUGGAGGGAGAUGCUUACACGGAUAAAAAUGCCAGACUUGUGGCGGAAGGUCGAAAUAGCCUGGCAAACUUUGGAGCAUGCCUUUGAUUUCAAGGACUACAGCAUCAGUUUAUUACUGGACAGUUUGCAAGAGGCCGAAGAUCAACGUCGUACAGCGAACGGCGCUCACGUGGAAAUGAUCAAUAGAUCGUUGGACGCGCAUGAAACGCGGUUGAAGGUCGCCGAUGCCCUGUUUUAUGGGGACAUUGAGACGGCAUUAAACGACAAAGCUGUCGAAUUUGAGAGCAUCAAUCGUUGUCGUAACAAGAGGGAAGGCGCUUUGCGAAAGAUCAAUAUGCUCGUUAAUUAUCGUGGCGAAAAUGAGGCGAAUACAUUGCGGAGCAUUGCGAUUAGUAAGAUACACGCGACUGUGAAUGUUAGAUCGUUAAAACAAGAAUUGGAAUCGACGAUUCCCUCGACCGAUUUAAUAAAUUUUACGAAUCUAAGGUAAGAUCGAAGCUUUCGCGGA